AUGUCCUCUGUCGUCGAGCCCCCGCGACCAACGCGAUUUAGCGUUACGAGUGCCUCAGAAGUGCAUGCCUGUGUUGGGAAACGCGGUGGAGAUGAUGUGAGGGUGGCUCCGACCUCGCAUCACAGCGCAAAGCGCGCCAUGGAUAGUCAGGCUCCUGAAGAUUCUGAACUUGAACCGUAUUCUCGAAACCCCUUACUAUGCUAUCUCUGUAACGAAGUUUUCGAUGAACCUUGUCUUCUGGGAUGUUACCACACCUUCUGCGCCAAAUGCGUCAGCGGGAAAGCAGUGGAUGGCAAAAUCAGCUGUCCAUUGUGCGGGAAAGUUACAACUUUAAAAGAUGGUUCAACUCUUCCUCCGCCUGACUACUUGGUUCACUAUGUCGUUGAGUCUUCGAACGAUGAAAAGCCUGUCUGUGCCAACUGUGAUAAGGCCGACCAUCCGCUUAUGUUCUUCUGCGACACAUGCGGACAAGCAUUGUGCGGAGUUUGUCGCGAUGAAACACACCGUGCGAAGAUGUUCUCACAGCAUGAUAUUAUCCACAUGUCCAAGCGAACAAAGGAAAUUCAUAAGAAGGUAUUCGGUCCGAACUCAAUUUUCGCGAACUACACGGCUGAAGGAAGGUGUGCCCUUCACAACGAGCCGUUCAUCAUGUUUUCAACUGCAACCAAGAGUAUGCUGUGCAUAAAUUGUUUUCGUGACACUGCCAUCGAUGCUCGGUUGCAUUGUGUUGACCUUGACACCGCCUAUACUCAGGGAUGCAAAAAAUUAGAAAGAGCUCGAACGUCCUUACUUGAACUGCAAAAUUCUCUUCGUGAUGGAGUCAUUUUAUUCCGUGCGUUGUUGGAAGAGCUCAAGCGUAAUAUGGAGACUGAAAAAAGCUCCAUACUGAGCACGUGCCAAAGCCUAGAAGAAACUAUUCAACAAACGCAGGAAGCUUUGCUUCAAGAAGUUGACAAUCAAUACGUGUCGAAGGACCAACUGUUCCGGAGUCAGCUCUCCGUUAUGGCUUCAUUACUUCCCACCAUCCAUUUGCAUAUAAUCAUGUGCACGACGUUUUCGUCCUCCACGUCGAAGUUUGAGUUCUUGGAUUUAGGAUAUUCUCUAAUGGAUCGAUUGGCUGCCAUCUCGCACAUGGGUUAUCCUCUAAGACCUAAUCAAAGCAGUCAAGUAAAAUCUAACUACAAGGUUGCCUUGGCUCAAGUGCUUGAGCCGUACUUCAUAAACGCUGGACCGCCGCUGGCGCCUUACGAAGGUGCAGGAGCUCAAGGUGGGGCGCCCACUACCGUUUUGACAAACGGAGCUACUGGUGCUAGUCCUUAUCAGUCUGAAGACAAAUCAGACGCAGCUACAUCAUCGUCUCUUGAAACAGUUCGUGAAUACAUCGGUGGAUCGCGUGGCUCACUCUCCCAAAACGCCACGCAAUCUGGCAAAUCUUCGGGACACCACACUCCCGUUGCCUUGGGGCCAAAUUUUACCACUGUCACGAGGAGGACGCAAGUUCAUCCAUUGAAAAUGAAAAUUUUGGAAUCCUCUGGUCCGUUCCCUGACCACUGCAAAAAUUUCGAUGCUAAUUAUAGAGAAAUUAGCAUGAGAUUUGCGCGAUUGAAGGAUCAAGUUCAGGAGCUUCAUAGAGAUGUGACAAUGAGGCGGUGCCUUACAAAACGCGGCAAAGUGGAAGAAAUAAUCACCGAGUGUGCUACUUUAGAUUCAAUGCUAAGAAAGCAUGCCGAGCAUUUGGAAUCAAUGCACAACAUAUUUUCCAAAACGUGGGAUGACCAGUCGCAAAGAAUCCAAGCAGAGCGUGAGCUAUACCAGAUGCAGAUGAACGAUCUUAUGAACUUACAAUCUGAGAAUAGACGAGUGCUGCAGAUAGUUCAACAGCUUGAGCCUUAUAUCCGUUCCAUUUCAACACUCAUGGAGCGCCUUUCGCCGCAUUUACAUCCUGGUCAACUAGUUUCUGUUGGAUCUGGCUCUGGUGCACCGCCUUCGUCUACUGGACCAGGAAGUGGACCUGGUAGUGGCGGCGCCUCGCAAGUUCCCGAUUCUAGUGAACCUUAUGAUCCGGGAUAUGCAGCCGGAAUGUCUGACGUACAGCAGAGGAGUGAUUCCAAGCACUACAAUUCAAGUAUUCAGUCAAAAUCCCAGCAAGGGUUUGAUGAUUCAGCUUCUUGCCGAGGUUCUUCAAGAGCAGCAUCAUGUGAAGGAACACCCGAUGCCGGUGGUUCUUCGAAGUCCAGAAGCUUGCCCCGUAGUUUUCAAGGGUAUUCAUCGCCUUUAAUGACCGGAAAAGAACCCCAGUCCACUCCUCCACCUCCACCACCGGCGAGCAACAAGGGUUUCUUUUCUCAACUGCUUAACCGGGUUAGAUGUUCCGAUGACAAGAAACGAUCGAAAGCUUCGCGUUUUUUUCGUGGUCGCUAUUAUUCUAAAAGUGACGGCGAAUACGAGGAUGAAGAGGGUUGUGAACAGUGUGCUGCCAAUCGAAGAGCCGCGAUUGCUGCAGCAAAAGCCGCCACGUUGGCUAAUUUGACCGCGACUCAGCAAGCCUGCAUGGCGGCCGCAUCCAAGAAGCGGAAGGGAAAACCGACGGGAAUGAUCGGUUACGGGCCCACGUCAUUUUUCGUCGAAGCGUCGGAUUACGAUAAUCUGUGUCGAAAUUUUCCUGCCAUGACUGCGCACAUGAUGCCGCCAAGAAAGGAAAUGUGCGUCGGACAAGGCUGCGAACGAGUCGGCCAGGGGUUGUAUUGUGCCUUGGGCUGCGGUGAUCCAGCUUCUGCCACCAACACCGCGGUGCCAGAAAACGAUAACACCCCGCGUCGUAAAAGUGAAGGUUCAUCCUCGUGUUCCUCGGUGUAUUGCAAAAAGUGCGGACCCGUGUACCCGAAGGGGCAGCAAUGCCCAGAUCCUGCGACAGGUGUGCAAGAUGGUGCGAAGAUGCAGUGCCAUCUUGAGACAGCCGUCGCUGCUGCUGCAGCCGGGGUACGGUCCAAAAGGAAUGGGAGCGAAAAGAGAAGUGGGUCGUCGGCAUUUCCGAGGAACCACGCGGUGCCCAAGUCUGGUGGGCACCGACACGACGAAAAUAAGGCAAGGUCGAGUCGGUGUCGACAAACAACGCCGCAAAGGAGCUCUUCGAAGGGCGAGCAGCGGCAGUCACCGUAUGAGACUUUGGAUGAAUGCAAACUUUAUCAAUUUCUCCGGGUUGAAGAGGAUGUUCACAAAAUCGCCGAAGUCGAGCGAUGA